AUGUGCGUCGACUACACGGACCUGAAUGCAGCGUGCCCCAAGGACCCUUAUCCUCUACCAAGCAUCGAUCAGCUCAUUGAUGCCACAUCAGGACACCUGAUGUUAAGCUUUAUGGACGCCACAUCAGGAUCCACAUACCAGAAAGCCAUGAAUGAAAUUUUCAAAGAUCAACUUGGAAGGAAUUUGGAAUGCUACGUCGACGACAUCAUCUCCAAAUCCACUUCGGUCCCGGGUCACAUUUCUGAUCUCAAAGAAUGUUUUGAGAACAUGAGAAGGACUAAGCUAAAGCUCAACCCGGACAAGUGCACCUUUGGAGUAGAGGCUGGAAAUUUUUUGGGUUUUAUGGUAAGUAACCGGGGUAUCGAGGCCAACCCGGAGAAGAUCAAAGCUGUACAAGAGAUGCAACCACCUCGGACUCAGAGGGAGGUCCAAAAGCUAGCAGGGUCCUUAGCGGCACUCCGAAGGUUUGUCUCCAAACUCGCUGAAAGAUGUCUACCAUUCUUUGAAUUGUUAAAAGGGGCAAAAAAUCAGAAAUUAGUAGAAUGGAGCCCGGAUUGCCAAAGAGCCCUUGAUGAAAUAAAAGCAUAUCUGUCCAAACCCCCAAUCCUGACAAAAGCCUUACCCGGAGAACCUCUCUACCUAUACCUGUCAGCCGGUCCCUUCGCCGUCGGGGCAGUCUUGAUCCGGGAAGAAGCCGGACAACAGAAGCCCGUCUACUAUGUCAGCCAAGUCCUCAAAGAUGCGGAGACCAGAUACCCCAACUUAGAAAAAUUUGCAUUUGCACUGAUCACCGCAUCCAGGAAACUCAGACACUACUUUCAAGGAAGAGAAAUCAGGAUUGUCACAGACCAACCUUUGAGGAAAAUCAUCCACAAGCCAGACAUCUCCGGGAGGCUGGUAAACUGGGCAAUCGAACUUAGCCAGUUCAGCCUAACAUUCCUACCCCGGACAGCAGUCAAAGCCCAGGUCCUGGCAGACUUCGUGGUGGAAUGUAACUUCCCUGAAAUCCAGGCAACUCCCAUGGAAACUGGACCAGAAGCCCCGGUACAAUCUAACCCGGGGUCUUGGAUACUCCAUGUCGACGGCUCCUCAACAACCGAGAGGUCAGGAGCCGGGCUAAUCCUGAAGAGCCCGGAUGGGUUCACCAUCAAAACAGCAAUCUCCUUCGGUUUCGCAGCAACCAACAACCAAGCGGAAUACGAAGCCCUCCUAGCAGGGUUAAAAUUAGUCCGGACCCUGUCUAUCCGAAAUCUCACCAUCUACAGUGAUUCCCAGAUCGUGGUCAGGCAGACCAAUGGAGAAUACCUUGCCAAAGACCCGAUCCUGACCAAGUAUCAAGCCUUGGUGAAAAGCUACCUUACUCUGAUCCCCGGGUGCAGGAUCUUGCAAGUCAACAGGGAAGAAAAUGCUGAAGCAGACAACCUCUCCAGGUUGGUUCAAAAUUCAGCGGAUCUAGAUAGCUCAGUCUAUUUCGAAGAAUUGCACAAGCCAACGAUAGAACAUGAAGAAAUUUUUGAAAUCAACAACGACCCUACCUGGAUGACUCCCCUGAUCAACUACAUAGAGAAGGGAGAGUUACCCGAAGACAAGGGGAAAGCACAACGGCUGAAGGCUAAGGCGGCCAAAUUUUUUGUCGAAGAAGGGACACUCUUCCGCCGGACCUACUCAUCCCCAAUCCUGAAAUGCAUAGGUCCGGAGGAGGCCGAAUAUUGUCUAAGAGAAGUUCACGAAGGGAUCUGCGGAGAUCACAUGUCGGCAAAAGGCCUGGCAUAUAAAAUCAUCCGGCAAGGCUACUACUGGCCAACUAUCCACCAGGAUGCAAUGGAAUUUGUGAAAAGAUGCAAGAACUGUCAGCUGUUCAGCAACGUGCCCCGGAUAAGCCCUGUCCUACCUUCUUCAGUUUUAUCUCCGAUCCCCUUUGCUGUAUGGGGGAUAGACAUCAUGGGACCCUUUCCCCGGGCUAAAGGAGACCUCAGAUACUUGCUUGUCUCCAUUGAUUAUAUGACCAAGUGGGUUGAAGCCAAGGCAAUGCGGACGAUCAAUCAACAAGAUGUCAUCCGGUUCAUGGACAACAUCCUGAUGAGAUUCAGGCUACCAAGAGUCCUGGUCUCAGAUAAUGGACCCCAGUUCAUAGGGUCAGACUUCGAAAGCUACCUGGCUGAAAGAGGCAUCAAACACAAGAAGUCUUCAGUCGCCUAUCCUCAAGGAAAUGGCCAGGUAGAGGUCACCAACCGGAUCCUCCUAAGAGGAAUUGAAAAAAGACUUGAAGAAAGCAAGAGCAAGUGGCCAGAAGAACUACCUCAUGUCCUCUGGUCAUACCGAACUAGUCCUCGGUCAAGCACCGGAGAAACUCCCUUCAAAUUGGCCUAUGGAACGGAGGCAAUGCUCCCAAUCGAAGUCGGGUCACCUUCCCACAGAGUGAUCAACUUCGACGAAAUCGCGAAUGAAGAAGGACUCCGGGUCAACCUGGACUUGGUAGACGAGGUCCGAGAUCAAGCAAUCGCAAGGAUGGAAAAAUACAAAGAGAAGACCCGGGAUCACUUCAGCAAAAAAUCCCGGGUUAGGAAUUUUCAAACAGGAGACCUGGUCCUACGAGAUACCGAAGCCUCUGAUCCAACCAACACAGGCAAGCUGAUGCCUAAGUGGGAAGGCCCAUACAGGGUCAAAGAAGUCCUAAGGCCGGGUACCUACAAACUAGAACACAUGGACGGGUCAUAG